GGUCCCGCGCCGCGGAGCCCACCCGCGGAGGGAGGCCUGGCUAGCCAGGCUGCUGUCCGACCUAGAUUUCCGGAGGUCUCGGAGGCUCCGGUACCUGUCCGGCCCGCGGGACGUCCCGGUGGCGGCGCACGGAGGAGCUGCCCUGGCCCUGAUCACCGGACAGCCGGCCGGUCCCCUCCCCGCGGGGGCCCCCCCGCGCCGUAGCCCCGUGUUCUUGCCUUACCCUAAUCAUGUGACAGCACCGCCUUGCCCUCCUGUCUUCCGUCCAGUCGAGUCCAUUCGGCACAAGUUAGUGUUGCGGUAAGGGCCUGAGUUUCCUGCCUGUCCGCUCGCCCCGCACCCGGCCUGCGGUGACUGCCGCAUGCCACACCUGUGUCCCCCGGGAGGCGGCCCCCGUGCGCCGCCCCCACCCCGUGUGUGUUCUGUGUGACAAGUUUGUCAGUCCUCUCUUAAAACUAUUCUUUCUUUUUUCUUGCACAUUUCUUCAAAUACUCCCAAUUCGAGUCUGGGCUGCUUUUUGCACAGAACCCAACAGGAAAUAUUAAGUACCGUAGGAUGAUUUUAGAGACCUUGGUAGUGCCACACAGGUUCAGCUUCUAACUCCAGGGAAGACUGCAGUUCAUGAAAAGACCCUGUACUAAGUCAGAAGGAAGAGUGGGAGAAGCCAAGGUUAUUUGGAGUUUUCCUUUUCUGUGUGGGUACUGGGGCUUGAACCAAGACCCUUGCUCAGUCCCUGAUUGUCUUCUCCCUCCAGGCUAGUGCGCUGUCACUCGAGUCACAGGUCCAUUUCUGUCUUUUGGCUGGUUGAUUAAAGAGUCUUAACCUUCUUUGCUGGGCUAGCUUUGAACCACCAUCCUCAGAUCUUAGUUUCCUGAAUAACUGGGAUUACAGGUAUGAAGCACUAGUACCCCGCUAUUUGGCACUGUGUGUAUAGGAACUUUGUCAGUUUUAGAACACAUGUGAAGAGAUUUGCAUAGAUCAUGUUUGAACAUUGACUAUCUCACUAGAUCCUUAGGGACUGGAGGAGGGAUCUUCAUACCCCAUUUGUCAUCCCUUUGUGUUCAAAUCUAAGUUGGUAAUUAUCUUGUCCUAGUAAUUGCCUAAAACUUUAGACACUUAAAAUGUUGGGGAAACGUAAGCGUGUAGUGUUGACAAUUAAGGACAAGCUUGACAUUAUUAAGAAACUUGAGGAAGGCAUCUCUUUCAAGAAACUUUCCGUGGUGUAUGGGAUUGGUGAAUCCACAGUUCGUGAUAUCAAAAAGAACAAAGAAAGGAUCAUAAACUACGCCAACAAUUCGCAUCCUACAAGUGGGAUAUCCAAACGUAAGUCUAUGAAGUCAUCAACCUAUGAGGAGCUUGACAGAGUUAUGAUAGAGUGGUUUCACCAACAGCAAAUGGAUGGGGUUCCUGUGUCUGGAACUAUUUGUGCAAAACAAGCCAGGUUCUUUUUUGAUGCUUUGGGGAUGGAAGGUGAUUUUAAUGCAUCAUCUGGCUGGCUAACUCGAUUUAAGCAGCGCCACGGCAUUCCCAAGGCUGCUGGCAAAGGAACAAAGUUAAAAGGGGAUGAGACUGCUGCCAGGGAGUUUUGUGGUAACUUUCAGGAAUUUGUGGAGAGAGAGAAUCUGCUACCCGAACAAAUCUAUGGUGCUGAUCAAACGGGGUUGUUCUGGAAAUGCCUCCCUACACGGACACGUGGUUUUGACAUGGAGCAAAGUACUUCUGAGUGUAGGUCAAGCAGAGAAAGAAUCAUUAUUAUGUGUUGUGCAAAUGCCACGGGUCUGCACAAACUUAAUCUUUGUGUCGUGGGGAAAGCGAAAAGACCCCGGGCGUUCAAAGGAACAGACCUUGCAAACCUUCCUGUCACUUAUUUCAGUCAAAAAGGUGCGUGGAUCCAGCAGUCUGUGUUCAGACAGUGGUUUGACAAGUGCUUUGUGCCCCAAGUACAGAAGCAUUUGAAAUCUGUGGGACUUCUAGAAAAAGCUGUGCUUCUUUUAGAUUUUCCCCCAGCCCAUCCUAAUGAGGAACUGUUGAGUUCAGACGAUGGUAGAAUAAUUGUGAAGUAUUUGCCACCAAAUGUCACGAGUCUCCUUCAGCCUAUGAGCCAGGGAGUUUUAGCUACCAUCAAAAGAUAUUACCGAGCAGGACUUCUUCAAAAAUACAUGGAGGAAGGGAUUGAUCCAAAAGUGUUUUGGAAGAACUUGACUGUGUUAGAUGCAAUUUAUGAAGUUUCAAGGGCUUGGAACAUGAUCAAAUCAAGCACUAUAACCAAAGCAUGGAAAAAACUUUUCCCUGCUAAUGAAGAACAUUCAGGCAUGAACAUUGAUGAAGGGGCCAUUUUAGCAGCUAACUUAGCAACAGUUUUACAGAAUACAGAAGACUGUGAACACGUGGAUAUUGAGAGUAUCAAUCAGUGGUUUGAUUCUCGGAGUAAUGACUUGAGCUGCCAGGUCCUUACUCACGGUGAUGUUCCUCAGGGCCAAGCCAAGACUACUGAGCAAAGGCUUUCUCAUAAAACUCGAAAAGCAGACCUGAAUCCAGAGAAGCACAUUAGCCAUAAAGCUGCACUGGAGUGGACUGAGAACUUGCUGAAUUAUCUAGAACAACAAGAUGACAUGCUGCUGUCGGAUAAGUUGGUAUUACGGAGGCUGCGAACCAUAAUAAGAAGAAAACAGAAGAUCCAAAAUAAAUGUCAUUUGUAGUGCUUUUAAGUGUUUCAGUUGUAUUUCCAUCUUUGGGACUGUCUGCAGUAGAACUUACCUGAGUUGAAAUGCUAUGGAUCCCAAAGCCCAAUGCAUUUUAUAAAUGAUUUGAAAGUUAGAUGCCAUUUUAGAUUCCUUAAAUUACAGUUCUUGAAUGUGGACUCUAGGAAUUGAGUGUUGACAUGUACCUUGUCUAUCUGCUGUUUCUCCUCUGUACUAUACUAACUAGAUCAGAAGAUAAUUGAGGUCAGGGAACCUGUGUCUGUUCUGUGCCUGAAUUUCAGUGAAUCUUAUAAAGGGCCAUGCACACAAUAGGCACUCAAUAAAUCUUAUUUAAAUGAAAUUCUUAUGACUCUGAA